AUGGCUGGAAUAAUUGGACAUAUGGAUCCUUUAGAUGAGUCCGGUGAUCAGUGGGCAACGUACAUUGAACGUUUUGAGCAUUAUGUCUUGGCUAAUGAGAUCAGGGAUGCAAAAAAAGUACCGGUACUGUUGAGUGUGCUCGGAUCAAAAACUUAUGGACUGCUUCGUAGUUUAGUUGCUCCCGAAAAGCCUGGGGAGAUGGACUAUGACAAUAUUGUGGGAGCGUUGCAGGCUCAUUUCGCUCCAAAGCCACUCGUAAUUGCAGAGAGAUUUCGUUUUCACAAGCGAAACCAGGGAGAAGGAGAGACAGUGGCACAAUAUGUGGCGGUAUUGAAAGGACUUUCAGAACAUUGUGAGUUUGGUGCUUACUUAGAAGACGCACUAAGGGACAGAUUUGUGUGUGGACUUAAAAGUGAAACUGUACAGAAGCGCCUAUUGACAGAGAAAGAUCUCACGUUUCAGAAAGCAGUUGAUUACACGAUAUCGGCUGAAACAGCCGCGCGUGACGUGCAGCAGUUAAGUGGCUCCCUGAAAGUGAACGCGGUGUUUUCUCAAAAAUGCUGGCGUUGCGGGAAAACUAAUCAUAAUGAUGAAAACUGCUGGUACAAGGAUCGUGACUGUCAUCAGUGUGGGAGGAAAGGCCACACGAAGCGCAUGUGCAAAAGCAAAGUAAAGAACGGUCGUGACCGAGAAUGGACACAGAAAGUGGAAAAACCUGAACAGAAAUGUAAUACAAGUAAGCGCAGUGUAAAAAGUAAAAAGAAGAGAAUUUAUCACGUUGAGACAAGAGACGAUGAAAGUGAAAGUGAGGGAAAUAAAUCUGACACUGACUGUGAGUUGGGACUUUAUGCCAUGUCAAAAAAAGGGAAAUAUUCACGAAUCUCAGUGCUGCCUGUUGUAAAUGGCAAGAAAAUGGAGAUGGAAUUGGAUACAGGGGCUGCUGUGUCGUUGAUCCCUUGGGAACAGUACAAAAACACGCUGAGCCAGCUACCACUGCAACCCACUGAUAUAAUGCUCAAGACAUACACUGGAGAGCCGUUGGCACCAGAAGGGGUCAUCAAAGUGCAAGUAAGGUUAAACAAGCAAUGUGCUGAUUUGCCUUUGUAUGUAGUUAAAGUGGAUGCACCCCGCAUUGUUUGGCAGAGAGUGUGGCUGAGAGUAAUUAAACUGAACUGGAAAGAUUUAAAGACUGUGCAUGUAAUGGAGCAAAAAGAGAAAGACAACUUGGAGACGGUGUUAAGACACCACUCCGCUGUUUUCUCUAAUAGUCUAGGCACAAUGAAGGGAAUUAAGGCCACCUUGACUAUUAAACCUAACAGUGUUCCAAAAUUGUGCCCACCACGUAAUGUUCCAUAUGCUCUACGACCACGAGUCGAGGCUGAACUAAAGCGACUGACAGAACUGGGAGUGAUCUCACCCGUGGAGCACAGUGAUUGGGCCACGCCCGUGGUGCCUGUCAGCAAAAAGGAUGGCACAGUAAGGCUCUGUGGAGAUUUCAAGAUCACCAUCAACCCAUCUCUGUGCGUGGAUAAGUAUCCGAUUCCCCGCAUUGAGGAUCUUUUUGCCUCUCUAGCAGGAGGCCAACGCUUUAGUAAGCUAGACUUAUCAAACGCUUAUCUACAGAUGGAGGUAGAAGAGAAGUCUAGGGAGCUGCUGACUAUUUCGACACAGAAAGGGCUAUUCCGUUUUAAUCGUUUACCGUUUGGGGUAGCUUCAUCACCCGCCUUAUUUCAAAAGGCUAUGGACCAAGUGCUUCUCGGACUGCCGUAUACACAUUGCUACCUGGACGACAUACUGAUUAGUGGUCCAGACGAAAUGACACACCUAAAAACUCUGGAUGCAGUCCUGGGCAGGCUAGUGGAACACGGUCUGCAUCUCAAGUCUGAGAAGUGCCUGUUUUUCCAGGAGUCUGUGGAAUACUUAGGUCAUAUCAUUGACGCAGAGGGACUCCACAAAUCACCAGAGAAGGUACGUGCUAUUGUGGAAGCACCUGCACCUGGGGAUGUCAGUCAGCUACGUUCGUUCUUAGGAAUGCUGAACUAUUACGGACGUUUCAUUCCCGAUUUAGCUACUAUCAUGAAACCACUGAAUGAUCUGCUAAAUAAAGGGAAGAAAUGGCAGUGGACGUCAGCCUGUGAGUCAGCGUUCCAGACAUCAAAAGCUUUACUUGUUUCACAGGAAGUAUUGACCCACUACAAUCCUAAACUGCCCCUCCAGCUCGCAUGUGAUGCUUCGCCCUACGGGGUUGGCGCAGUGCUCUCGCACGUCAUGCCCGAUAAUGUGGAGAGACCGAUAGCCUAUGCAUCACGAACGCUCAGCAAAGCGGAACAAAACUAUGUUCAUAUUGAGAAGGAGGCGCUAGCGAUAGUUUUUGGAAUACGAAAGUUUCACCAGUACCUUUAUGGUAACAAGUUUGUUCUAAUCACUGAUCAUCGCCCGUUGACCUCCAUCCUGAGUCCAUCGAAAAGUACACCAUCAAUGGCUGCAGCUCGAAUGCAGCGUUGGGCGCUCCUCCUGGCAGCUCAUGAUUACACCAUUCAAUACCGAAAAGGUGCCUUACAUGCAAAUGCCGACGGGCUGUCACGACUGCCACUCCCCUACACACAUAAAGAGAAGCAAGGCGCAGUAGAGGUAUUUUACACAUCUCAGUUAGAAAACUUACCAGUCAGUAGCACCGAGAUCAAAGGAAACACCUUGGCUGACCCUAUCUUGGCUCGGGUCCUAGAAAUGGUCUCAACUGGUCGUUUUCCAGCUGCUAAGGAUGCAGGUGAAGAGCUGUUGCCCUAUCUGCAGCGCCAGCAUGAGCUCACAACCCAACAGGGAUGCCUCAUGUGGGGUGGGAGAGUUAUCGUACCACCUAAACUGCGCCCUCGAGUUCUGGAAGAGCUCCAUUCAUCACAUCCAGGUGUAGUGAGGAUGAAAAGCCUGGCACGCAGCUAUGUAUGGUGGCCCGGUAUAGACGCUCAAUUGGAACUACAGGUCAAAUCUUGCCACUCCUGUCAAAGCGUACAAAAAGAGCCUGGACUAGCACCUUUACACUCUUGGAUGUGGCCCUCCAGUCCUUGGGAAAGGAUACAUGUGGACUUUGCAGGUCCAUUUGAAGGACAUAUGUACUUGGUCGUGGUGGAUGCACAUUCAAAGUGGCCAGAGGUGCAUAUCAUGAAGAGCACCACGGUCUGUAUGACCAUUCAAGUGCUCAGGGGACUGUUUAGUCGCUAUGGCAUUCCACACAUCCUUGUGAGUGACAAUGGACCGCAGUUCUGUGCGGAAGAAUUCAGUACAUUCCUGAAAAACAAUGGAGUCAAACACAUCCGCUCAGCGCCAUACCAUCCAGCCACCAAUGGCCUGGCCGAACGGUUCGUGCAGACUUUCAAACAUGCUUUAAAGGCAUCCAAAGGCACAGCACAGGUGCGUCAGCGACUUGAGGUGUUUCUAUUAACAUACAGAGACACCCCCCACGCAACAACGAAAGAAACACCGGCAAUGUUGUUUCUUGGACGCAGGCUGCGCUCUCGAUUGGAUUGUUUAAAACCAAGUGUGGCUGGAGCUGUACACAGGUCACAGGAUGCCCAACAACAACGGCGCCAGCAUCACGCUAAAGACAGACAGUUUGAGGUAGGAGAAUCAGUUCUUGUGCGUGAUUAUAGAAAGGGGGAGGAAAAAUGGGCACAAGGUUGUGUGGUGAGAGAAAAGAGUGGACCGGUGUCGUAUAAGGUGAAUGUGGGAUCGCCAGGGGUAUGGAAACGCCAUGUGGACCAGAUGUUGAGACGCCCAGAUACAGAGCCUCAGCAAACUGCAAUGAAUCAUACUGUAAGCCCGCAGGUGUUACUACCUCCGAGUGAUAGUGGCACCACACUGCACUCAAAUACUCCUUUAUUGGAAAAGAAGGAUGUUCAAGUUCCAGAAAUCAAAGAAACAUUAAAAACACACCAGUCCACUGAACCACCAUCUACGGAACAUCCUCAGUUAACCGAGACAGUGAAACGUUAUCCUAUGAGGAUCAAAAGACCACCAGCUCGUUACCGUGAUGAGUGA